UCUGUAGUAUUCAACUACGUAUCUACACGUAUAAGGGCUAUACCGUAUUCCGAGAAUGCGCGACGUCAGAGCAACCACACUGAUCCCUGAUGCCAAGGCCAAUGCCAGGAACCAGCCACCCCUCGUCGAACCGCUUUCUUCAGCCCUUUCUUCUGUUGCCUGACUUGAGACGACAAACCAAACUGCUGCCAUCGUCUGCCGCCCUGUGUUGCCUAGCCGCCAAAUACAACAUACUUCGAACCCCAACACAUAUCAGGCACGUCUCAGGCAUGACAGUCGCGACCAUGACCGUCGCAAGCACAGGCGCCUUGACGACCAUGCCAGGGUCAGCAUCUUGUUGCCCGAAAUGCGGCUACGGUGCGGAGAUGCCGCCCUUUGAAGAAACACAAACCGCCCUGCUCAGCGCGCAGAAGCGAAUCGCCGACCUUGAAGCCCAGGUCCGCCUCCUCAACCAGAAAGCCUCGGCGGCCGUCGACCGCUGGGCCGAUUACGAAGACGAGCUCGCCAAACUGCGCGCUCAGCUCGAGUCUCGCCCGCAAACCCCGUCACCACAAUCAUCAUCCGCACCGUCACAGCCGACACAAACCCAACACGUUUCCCUUCCCACCCCGCCCAGCUCAGCAGCCGGCCCGCCCACACCCUCCCGCGCCUCCUUCCUCACCACAAGCGCAGCAACCCGCAUCUCGGCCCUCCUCUCGCGCAAAUCCCCGCCCCAGCCACCGCCCACUCUCAAACCGACCGGCAUUGGCAACAACCGACCACCAACAGCGCCGAGCCCAAUCCCCUCCCUCCCCUCCUCAGCCUCAUACCCAAACCUGAACCACCGCCCUACGACCCCACCGCCCUCCCUCCCAACCUCAGCCCAACUCACGACUGAAGACCUGUUGAGUGCCCUCUCGCGCGAACAAGCGCUGCGUCUGGAAGCUGAAGGCCGAUUGACCGAGACUAGUCGCGAGGUGGAAGAGCUCAGCGCGAGCCUAUUCGAGCAGGCCAAUGAGAUGGUGGCGGCCGAGCGGCGCGCGAGGGCGAAGCUGGAGGAGCGGGUCGGGGAGCUGGAGCGGAGGGACGGGGAUAAGAGACGGCGGUUGGAGAGGCUUGAAAGGGCGAUUGGAAGGAUUGAAAGGGUGAGGGAGGUUCUUGCUGAGGAGGGUUUGCAGGUGGGGCGGAGGGAGUAAUACUGUGGGCGGAAGAGCUGUAUCAUGGAGGAUGGGGUGGGUAUGAUAUGAUAUGAUGUCUAUGAAAAGGCGCAUCUGCAUGCGUUUGAUGAACACUGGGUAUGGGUUUGGUAUGGGUUAGGUAUGCAAAAUGAGUCAUGACAUGAUACCGUGGGAGGACUGGAAAGGAGAAACGGGCAAUGAAAACACAGGUCUAUAUCCGGGAUGCAUAGUACGG